GCGAUGAGCGUUGUUGCAAAACGUCUUGAUUUAUUUUAAAGAUCUAUUUUCAUCCCAUUGCUAGUCGCUGUGUUGCAAAUUUCAUUUUCCGUUUUAUUGUGGCGAGUACUCCGGUCGGGAAGGUGACCAUGGCUUUUUCGCUGAACGACGAGAGUGGCACGGGGCAGGAUUGCUGGGAUGUGCCCCGCUCUACAGAAACACCAGCCUUGUCCACCUGCAGUAAUGCUGACAUCUUCCGCAGAAUAAACGCAAUGUUAGACAACUCUUUGGACUUCUCAGGAGUCUGCACAACUCCUAUCACCAAGGGUCGCAGGGAGAAUGUGGGAGAUUUGAAUAAAACUGAUCCAGGAGCUAGCAGCAGGAUGUUGUUUCCUACAUCAGUACAGGAUUCAUCACGAGGCCUCCCAGGCACAAUGGACCUGUGUUUGGGCCUCCAAUCCCUGAAUCUCACUGGGUGGGACCGACCCUGGAGCACCCAGGACUCUGAUACUGCAGUACCUACCAGUUCAUCAGUUUUAAGCUUGCUCACUAAUCCACUGAGUACUCAGCUGCCUAGAACAUCAGUUGGGUUCCCAUCACCGGAUCCAAUAGGCACAAGUUAUGCUGACCAAUUUGCAUCAUCUUUGCCAAAGCGAUUGGAUAGUCGUUCCAUGUUGGAUUCACGUUCAAGCAGCCCUUCGGACUCGGACACAAGUGGCAUCAGCUCUGGUUCAGAUCCCCUUUCAGAGUUAAUGUCGAGCCUUCGAAUUUCUCCUCCAAUUUCCUUCCUGCCAAUGGGUGGAGCAAAUAGGGAUUCAAUGAAACGGGUUGGUAUGAGCCCUCGACUGGAUCAAGAUCAAGUUUCGGGUACGAAUCCAAUGAGCCCUAACCCCUUCAAAAGGUGGUCAGCAAAUUCUGGUUGGGCAAAUUGGGAUCUUUUGGAGAGUCCAGAAGAUCCUUUCAGCAUUGAAAAAGAGGCUAGACUGCAUAGACAAGCUGCAGCAAUGAGUGAAGCCACAUUUACAUGGAGGGGCCAGCUGCCACCCCGGAAUUAUAAGAACCCGAUCUAUUCCUGCAAAGUGUUCUUGGGUGGUGUGCCCUGGGACAUAACUGAAGUGGGACUGAUAAAUACUUUCAGAGUAUUUGGUUCACUGAGUGUGGAAUGGCCGGGUAAGGAUGGCAAGCACCCUCGAUGCCCCCCCAAAGGUAAUAUGCCAAAAGGUUAUGUCUACUUGGUUUUUGAAUCUGAGAAGUCUGUGCGUGCGUUACUGCAAUCUUGCACUCAUGAUCUUAUGAGUAAUGAUGGUGCAAGUGAAUAUUAUUUCAAGAUGUCAAGUCGCAGGAUGCGCUGCAAAGAGGUGCAGGUCAUACCUUGGGUCCUUUCUGACAGCAAUUUUGUUCACAGCCCAUCCCAGCGCCUGGAUCCCAGUAAAACUGUUUUUGUUGGAGCAUUGCAUGGAAUGUUGAAUGCAGAGGCCCUGGCAGCAAUCAUGAAUGACUUAUUUGGUGGAGUGGUAUAUGCUGGUAUUGAUACGGACAAGCACAAGUAUCCAAUUGGUUCUGGUCGAGUCACCUUUAAUAACCAACGCAGUUACUUGAAUGCAGUUGGAGCUGCCUUUGUAGAGAUAAAGACUCCAAAGUUCACAAAGAAGGUGCAGAUUGAUCCAUACCUAGAGGACUCCAUGUGCCAAGCAUGCAGUACUCAACCAGGACCGUUCUUUUGCAGAGAUCCAGUUUGCUUCAGAUAUUUCUGUCGUUCAUGCUGGCAGUGGCAGCACUCCCUAGAGGUUCUCCGCCAUCACCGUCCGUUGAUGCGCAAUCAGAAGAACCGUGAUUCCAGCUAAAAUCGCAGAAAGUGUGUGAUUUGAGUUGAGUGAGCUGGUAUUGGCUCAGACUGGGAACAGCAAUUAUGGACUGAAGUUCACUCCUGCACUUGCUAUUUGCUGUUUAAUAUUCACAAUCGCACUCUGCACAGUGAAUUCCAUGGGGUUUUGGGGCCCACCAAAGCAGUUCCCAGACAAAAGUUCUGCACAGAGGUGAUAGCCAGGUCUUGAAGGUGUUGAAGCAAAUGGCUUCACAUUUAGAUUUUUAGGCUUUUUUACAUUCCUUGCAUUUUGACAAUGUUGCAAGUUCAUUAUCUUUCCACUAGCGGUUGCCAUACAGUGCCUUUAAAUUUUUUU